GUACAGUGCUAACGCGUGACGUUAGAUACCUACUUGACAAAUACAAGCCUUCUAGAAUGAAAUCGCGGAGAGCCGCAGCGGUCUUCGUGCUGGCGAUUAUUGCCUGCAGCGCGCUUUUAGCUGCUGGCGCCCCAGCGGAUAGCAAGGAUGCCAAGCCGAAGAGGAAGAACCUGCCGACCAAGGCAUUCAUUCACGAGGGCAAGCACUGGACGGUGCACAAGACUUCCGAGGGGCGCGCCUUCUUCUACAACGUGGAGAGCGGCGCCACCCAGUGGACCGACCCCCGAGUGGAGCAAAUGACGCCGCAGCAGCGCAUCGUGGUCAUCGCCAUGUUUGCCACGCCCUUUGUGCUCAUGAUCGCCGGCGGCGCGGCCUACAUCCUCUGGGUCCGGAGCAAGCACCCCGAGCUGCUGAAGGGCCCGAAGAAGGUGAAGGGCCUCAAGAACUGGGAGCGCGCGCUGCAGCCGCCCAAGGUGGCCAAGCCCCGCGGCCGCAGCUCCAGCCCGCCGCCCGAGGACGCCGUGAAGCGCGGCGCCUUGCCGGCAGCUGCCGCGGAGGAGAAAAAGGACCAGUAAGGCCCACUUGAUGAGGCGUGGUGCUGAUACCCCAGGGCAGGAGCAGGAGGUAAAGCAUGGAGGGAUAGGAGGGCGCGUAGCCGGAUAGACACGGGCGGCGGUGUGUGUGCCGCGUGCGCAGCACAGCUGGAGGACGUGGCAGGGCGCGGCCCACUGGAGCACAUGAUGCAGAAGCAGGACGAUAAAGUGGAGGUGGAGGCAAGCAUGCACUGGGCUCGGUGUUUCGUGUGGACGCGUGGGUGUUGCCCAGAGGCAACAUGCUGCGUGCGUUGCUGGGGGCCCGGCAGGCGGGACCUGGUGACAUGCGGUGGAGCUCGCGAGGCAGGCCCGCACGCCGUAGUGCUCCGCAGGGAGUCAUCUGGGGACCUCACUCAGUUGUGGGCGACACGCGAGGACACGCAGGUUGGGACGAGCCCUUCGCUAGCACUUUGCAGGUACCGGUGCAUGAUAUGACGGCAGGGUGUGGUUGGAUGGUUGGGAGGUUGCGCACAGCGCGCGGCGGUCGGAGUCAUGCGGCGUGCGAUUUAUGAAUUUGCGUGCGAUGUAAUCUUGCCUUGUA